AUGUACUCGGGCACCCCUUCUUCCGCGUCCUCUGGGCCCAGCCCGGGGGCAACAGCGGCUGCAGGAGGAGUUGGCGUUUCAGCGCCCUCUCCAUUGGGGCCUCCUGUUUCUUCAGGGGGCCCCCCGGGGCCUCCAGGCCCUCCUGGGCCCCCCGGCAUCUCAGAGGGGCCCCCAGGGGCAGGGCCCCCUCCGCCGCCGCCACCGCCACCUGCAAGGCCGCGAGGGCUGCAGAGGCCCCUGCGAGAAGGAGAUUGGGAGUGUUCUGAUCCCGCCUGUUUAAAUGUGAAUUUUUCAAAGAGAACGCGGUGCAAUCGAUGCGGUAAGCCUCGGCCUAAGGGGGCCGGGGGCGCGGUGGGGGCCCCCGGGGGGGCCCCCGUAAGGCAGGGGGACUGGAGCUGCGGGCACUGCGGGAAUCUGAACUGGGCCAGGCGCUCCAGCUGCAACAUCUGCAACGCCCCUAAACCCUCUGCCUUUGAUGAGCCGCGUAUGGGGAGGGGGGGGGGCCACUUUGACUUGCAGGACCCCAAUGACAGGCGGGAGCACGACUCUGAUGAAGAGACAUUUGAUGAGUUUGGCCGCAAGAAAAAACACAAGACACCCAGGCAGCCGCCGCAGCAGCAGCAAAUGCAGCAGCAGCAACAACAACAACAGCAGCAACAGCAAAAGGCAGGAGAGGAAGAAACCAUCAAACUUAGUGGAAGAGACGGUUCCGAUCCCGCUCUCGGGAAAGGCGGUCCCGAUCCAGGGAUCGGCGAUCCCGAUCCAGGGAACGACGAUCCCGAUCCAGGGAGAGACGAUCCCGGUCCCGAGAAAGAAGACACUGGCAUUCCAGGUCCAGAGAAAGGGACGGCAGGAGGUCGCGAUCCCACGAGCGGUCAAGGCGAUGAAGAUGAAAGCCCCAGCAGGGAGAUGCACACCUCAGACUGUUACUGUCGGCCGUCAGCUCUCCUCAUAGACAACGGCGCAGGCCUGCGCUUUCAAGCCCUUUUAUUCGCGAACAUAGCAUUUCACUAA